AGAUUCUAUUUUGUUUGGCUGCGUUUUUGGCUCGGGGAAGCCGAAAGGUAAAGUGGCAUUAGUCAAUUUCUAGAGCUGUCACCUUAUUUCUUCAAUUUUGAGAUUCGUGGACGUGGCAUGUAUACGUUAAUUCAGUUGACAAAACCAUCGGGUACGUUGGUUGAUCUGGUUAUUUAUGGCCGUUACCUCUCUUGUUGAUUUUGUAUUCUUCUUCUGGAUUUUAUCAUCCAUAAGUCAAUAAGGCUCUAACCACUUCCAGUGAAACCAGAAGCUGUUGUGAUGUCUGAGUCUAAGCCCCCCACUCCAACUCCUGGAGACACAUACAAGGGUUGGCUAUUUAAAUGGACAAACUACAUUAAGGGAUACCAGAGACGCUGGUUUGUUUUGAGCAAUGGACUAUUGUCAUAUUAUAGGACCCAGGCAGAAAUGGGUCACACAUGCAGAGGCACCAUUAACUUGGCUACAGCCAAUAUUGCUGUUGAAGACUCGUGCAGUUUUGUCAUUUCCAAUGGUGGAGCACAAACCUACCACCUGAAGGCCAGCUCCGAAGUUGAGCGCCAACGCUGGAUCACAGCACUGGAGCUUGCCAAGGCUAAGGCUGUCCGUAUGCAGGCCGAAUCUGAUGACUCGGGUGAUGAUUGUCCCUCAGUGCCCCCCACCUCAGGACAGGGUGGAGGCUGUCGUAAUUCAGAAGUCCAGUCCACACUUCGAACAAUGACCAGCAAGGUGGAGGACCUCAGCACCUGCAAUGAUCUCAUUGUCAAGCAUGGGUCCGCCCUCCAAAGGUCUUUGUCAGAAUUGGAGGGGAUUCGUGGUGGAGGGGAUAUGGGGGACAAAAUCAGACAAGUGACGGAGAGGGCCACACUGUUCCGAAUCACCUCGAAUGCCAUGAUCAAUGCUUGUCGAGACUUCCUCUCCCUGGCUCAGAAUCACAAUAAGCGCUGGCAAAAGGCCCUGCAGACUGAACGGGAUCAGAGGAUACGGCUGGAGGAGACACUCGAGCAGCUGGCCAAACAGCACAACCACUUGGAACGAGCUUUCAGAGGAGCCACAGUUCUCCCUCCUUCAUUCAGCAAUCCUGCCUUGGGUAACAAAACUGGUGUUUCAGGAAAAGGUGAUGCAAGCGAUGAGGAUGAUGACAAUGAGUUCUUUGAUGCUAUGGAAGACCCAGCAGAGUUCAUAACUGUUCCUGCUGACCCUAAGUAUCACAGGAGAUCUGGCAGCAACGUUAGUGGGCUCAGCAGUGAGACUGGAAUGGACGAUCAGUCUGUAAAUUUUGAUGAACAGUCUUUGGCAUCCAAUCUGGAGUCUCCCCAACCACUUGAGCUUGAGCCAGUUAGACAAAGGCGGACGCGUAUCCCUGACAAACCCAACUAUUACCUCAAUUUGUGGAGCAUUAUGAAGAACUGUAUUGGAAAGGAGCUCUCAAAGAUCCCAAUGCCUGUUAAUUUCAAUGAGCCAAUCUCCAUGCUGCAACGUCUGUCAGAAGACUUGGAGUACUACGAGCUGCUGGAUAAGGCUGCUAAAUGUCAGAGUUCUCUAGAGCAGAUGUGUUAUGUUGCAGCGUUCACAGUCUCCUCCUACUCCACUACUGUCCACCGCACAGGAAAACCUUUCAAUCCUCUGCUGGGAGAAACGUUUGAGCUUGAUCGACAAAAAGAGUGUGGUUAUCGCUCCCUGUGCGAACAGGUGAGUCACCACCCGCCUGCUGCAGCUCACCAUGCCAUGUCUGAAAAAGGUUGGUCCCUCAGACAGGAAAUUACAUUGGCCAGCAAAUUCAGGGGAAAAUAUCUCUCCAUCAUGCCCUUGGGUUCUAUCCAGUGUAUAUUUGAAAAGACCAACAAUCACUACUCUUGGAAGAAAGUCACAACAACAGUACACAACAUUAUUGUGGGGAAAUUAUGGAUCGAUCAGUCAGGGGAGAUAGAUGUGGUGAAUCACAGGACAGGAGAUCGCUGCCACCUCAAGUUUGCUCCCUACAGUUAUUUUUCCAGAGAUGUACCAAGAAAGGUAACUGGAGUUGUAACUGAUCAAGAAGGAAAGGCCCAUUACGUGUUGUCGGGAACAUGGGAUGAGAAGAUGGAGUUUUCCAGGAUAAUGCAGAGCAGUAAGGGUGAAAAUGGCACAGAAGGCAAGCAGAGAACUGUGUAUCAGACCCUCAAAGCCAAAGAAAUCUGGAGAAAGAACCCUCUACCAGAUGGAGCAGAGAACAUGUACUACUUCUCCUCACUGGCCUUGACUCUCAAUGAACCUGAAGAGGGAGUGGCGCCAACAGACAGUCGAAGACGCCCUGACCAGCGAUUAAUGGAAGAUGGACGCUGGGAUGAGGCUAAUGCAGAAAAACAGAGGCUAGAAGAAAAACAGCGCAUCGCCCGUCGAGAAAGGGAGAGGGAAGCUGUGAAAGCAGCUAGUUCUCCAGAGGAAGCUGUCACUGAGGAUUCAAUCAAUGACUCACCCUUUAAAACUGAUGCACAAGAGACUGGCACAGAAGCAACAGAGGUUUCUGACGAAACUGACACAGAGGACUCUCCUCCACAUACACCCGUUGCAUCCCUCAAUGGACCGUCAUUCUCCCCUGAUUUAAUGGAAGGCAAGGAAGGUCCUCAUGGCGCUCCAGUCAAAAGCACCCAUCAAGACAACUACCAAGCAAUGUGGUUUGAGAAGACGGACGACCCUGUAUCCGGAGAGACCCUGCAUGUCUACAAAGGAGGUUACUGGGAGACGAAGGACCAAGGCAGCUGGGACAUGUGCCCUAACAUUUUCUGAUCACAGGCUAAUCGGCUCUUUUUCCAUCAGUGGUGUGAGAAUGAGAAGAAGUGGUAAGAAGUGACCUGUCUUACACCAGCUAGACGGGGAAUCGAGCCUGACAUCAACAUGUCUUCAAUGCCUUUGGCUUUAAAAGAUUGCACCCAUCACCUUCACUUCUGCAGCACAGAUUUGCUCAGGAUCAAGUGCAUGUGGUUUUCACCAUCAAUGUUGAUACAAUCUCCAUUGUGCUUGUAGAAACCUUGCACCUGAUCAGUGUUCAGAAACCAUACUCACUGCCUCUUUAAUACUGUCUUUACUUUGAUUUUAUUUGCAUGUUGUUCUGACCGUGUUUAUGUAUUUUGUGGAUUUACUGAUGUUGGGCAUUUUUCAAGUCUUAUUUGGACAUAGUGAACCACCAAGUUGCAAUCCUUUUGUUGCUUUAUUUUGGAAAGACUCUUUCCUUAUGCAGCACCACUGGAUAGAUUAUCAAACGCUCGCAUAUUAACGUUUCCCCUACACCAGUUUGAGACCACAUCAAAAGCAUUCAGUGUUUAUUAUUUUAUUUAUUCUUUUAUAGUCAUCUUUCAUAUAGACCCAUAUGUGAAACUGGGUUUCUCUUUAAUUCUCUUUAUUCCAUAUAUGAAUAUAUGGACAUAUUGAAUACUAUUAAUAACUGAAUUACAGUCCAAAAACUGGGAAUUAGGCAAAUUGGGCACUCUAAAUUGACUGUAGGUGUGAGUGUGAGUGUGGAUGGUUGUUUGUCUCUAUGUGACCCUGUGAUGGAUUGGUGACCUCUCCAGGGUAUACCCCGCCUUUCGCCCUAUGUCAGCUUGUAUUGGCACCUGAGAUCCUCAUGUGGAGGAUAAAGCGGUGGAGUUGAUAACUGACUUAGUGGUACAAAAAAAAAAAAUUUCCUUGGUCCUAAUGACAUUAAAUAAGAAAAUACUUUUAUACUCCCACUUCCCAUUCCUACAAGAACCAGUGUUUGGUUUUGUUGUUUUCCUUCAGCAAAUCAUUUUAGAGUGUAAAUGUUUCUCAUGUCUCAUUUAGUGCAACAGCACAAUUAUAAUGUGUUUCAGUGUCAGUGUGUUUAAAAGUUUGCCUCCAUUUAAACUCUGCUUUCACUUUCAAAGUAAAUAUUGACACUCACAAUGUGAACAUGAUUAAAAUGUAGAGCAGAAGGGCCGAGCUCAAGAUGGCACAGGGUUGUUUUUGAACUUCUACUGACCCAGUGAUCAGUGAAGUGAAAUAUGAGGCAAGUGUUUUUGUCUUCCUGUUUUAUUUCAAACAUGGAUCGUAGCUUUAUCAUCAUGGAUGGAGUCGGGAUAUUUCAUUAUUUGCGUAUUAUUAGUAUGGAUUUCUUUUGUACAGACCGCAAUAACAGUGCCUCGAGGUUUGUGUACACUAAAUGGCUCACAGUGAAAUAGGAGGACAGUGUGAAGGUAGAAAGCUGUGACUUAAAACCAUGAAUUAUGUGUCUGUGUUUGUCUCCAUCACAUCAGGUGGAAUGACUGUGUGGUUGAUGAAAAUCUAAAUUUCAUUUUAUAUUCAAGUGUACUUAGAAGGAGAACACUGAAAAUGAUGAUGAGAAAGUAUAAUGUUGCAAAUAUUUAUGUGUAAAUAGUGAAAUUAUUGUGAUAUUAACUGUUUUUGUUGAGAAUACAGAAUCAAAAGGCAGGGAUGCACUUUUAUUGAUUUCUCUUUCUAAUUUUUAUCUUAUCCAAUAUGAAUACAUUGUUAUUUCUCAGCUGUGUGUACCGUUUUACCCCAACUCAUCCUGUACCACCUAGUUCAGCUUUAUAUAUUCAUAUUUUCAACCUUUUUAAUGGUUUAGAUGUCUCUUAGUUACAGAAUUGGUCCAUUGUUUUCUCUUCAUCAUGUCUUCGUUCUAUUGUCAUAUAUUCUUGAUUUUUAGGCAUUGCUUUUAAUUGUUAUUUUUUUUCAAUUUAUGUUUUUGUUUUUGUUAGUGUGGUUUUCAGAAUUGAUUUAUGUUUUUGCUAAAAAAGAAAAAAAAAAGAAUCUGAAGGUGUAAUUGCACAUAGGUUCAUUAAAUCAAUCCUACCUAAUUUUCAAUUGACAGUAAACUGGAAACUUUGACACUUUGUGGGUUUAUUAUGGAAGCCUUUUCCAAACUAUGAUGAAGAAUUGCAAACAUUAAAUAAAACAAAUAUACUUUAUCUUUUUUGUGUCAUAGGUUGACAAUAUUAAAGCCUGUGUGGAGAUGAAGUGCAAA